GUGUUCUAUGUAAAAAUGUGUUCCUCCUUUAGAGAAGCACAGAGAAAGAGAAAGCAGACAUUUUUAAAAUCUUCACUGCUCUGAUUCGUUCCAUUGAGAGAAGUCAGGCUGAGCUGCCAGAGAUGAUGGAGGAGAAGCAGAAAGCAGCAGAGAGGCAGGCUGAAGGACUCAUUAAAGAGCUGGAGAAGGAAAUCAGUGUGCUAAAGAGGAGAGACUCUGAGCUGGAGCAGCUCUCACACACUGAGGAGCAUCUCCAUGUCCUACAGAUUUACUCCUCCAUGUGCAGCCCUCCACACACCAAGAACUGGACUGAGAUCAGCAUUAACACUGAUGUGAGUGGGGACACUGUGAGGACAGCUCUGUCUCAGCUUCCGCAGACUCUGAAUGAGAAACUCACCAAAUCACUCAAUGACAAGUUAAAGGAAACAGUUUCCACAGAACUGAAGAGGAUUCAGCAGUAUGCAGUGGGAAUUAGACACGGUGUGAAAUCAGUAGACGGUAUGUCCGGGCGCGCGAGAGGACAAUCACGUGGCAGAGAGACUGGGGCCCGAGGCGCGCAACCACCUCUGCCUCAGAAGGAAGCUCAAGCCGUGUGGCCACCACCGCCUGAGAGAGAGCUCCAAGGGAGGGGAAGACAGAAAUCUGCCCCCGUGGCGGCGGCAGAAGGAGAAAAGCCGUAUCACUGCUCGGUGUGUGGGAAGAGUUUUACGCAGCAGAGUAGUCUCCAAGCACACCAGCGCAUUCAUACAGGAGUGAGGCCAUAUCACUGCUCGGAGUGUGGGAAGAGUUUUAUUACGCAAAGUAAACUCCAAACACACCAGCGCAUUCAUACAGGAGUGAGACCGUAUCACUGCUCGGAGUGUGGGAAGAGUUUUACGCAGCAGAGUACUUUUCAAGCACACCAGCGCAUUCAUACAGGAGUGAGACCAUAUCACUGCUCAGAGUGUGGGAAGAGUUUUACGCAGCAGAGUAAUCUCCAAACACACCAGCGCAUUCACACAGGAGUGAGGCCAUAUCACUGCUCGGAGUGUGGGAAGAGUUUUAUUACACAAAGUAAUCUCCGAGUCCACCAGCGCAUUCAUACAGGGGUGAGACCGUAUCACUGCUCGGAGUGUGGGAAGAGUUUUAUUACACAACAUGAUCUCCAAACACACCAGCGCAUUCAUACAGGAGUGAGACCGUAUCACUGCUCGGAGUGCGGGAAGAGUUUUACGCAGCAGAGUAGUCUCCAAGCACACGAGCGCAUUCAUUCAGGAGUGAGACCGUAUUACUGCUCAGAGUGUGGGAAGAGUUUUAUUACACAAAGUAAACUCCAAAUACACCAGCGCAUUCAUACAGGAGUGAGACCAUGUUACUGCUCAGAGUGUGGGAAGAGUUUUAUUAAACAAAGUGAUCUCCAAACACACCAGCGCAUUCAUACUGGAGUGAGACCAUAUCACUGCUCGGAGUGUGGGAAGAGUUUUACGGAGCAGAGUAGUCUCCAAAGACACCAGCGCAUUCAUACAGGAGUGAGACCGUAUUACUGCUCGGAGUGUGGGACGUGUUUUACGCAGCAGAGUAGUCUCCAAAGACACCAGCGCAUUCAUACAGCACAUACAAAAGAUUGACCUUUUCCUGUCUUUGGAAUGUUUUAUUUAUAAAUACAAUAUUUAAAAGAAAAAAAGGUGUUGCUAAUAAAUGUAUUACCAUCUUUUCAUAAAUCCUGUAAUAUUUUAAGCUCAUUUUGGGGUCAUUUGGUCAGAGAUUCUACACAGACAUUAUCAUUGGUCAUUAUCGCCUGUAGUUUUUUGUCCUACCCGUUUUCAUAAAUUCCCAAAUUCUGUGCAAUGUAUUGGAUGCUAAAUGUAGUGUACCGUCGUCGGGAUAUAAGAUAGUUUUAAACAAUCCGAACGAAGGAAGGCGGGACGUGUCUGAAUACGGGUAGGAAAACAAACAUAAGAGUAACCGCGAGCACAAACACAGCAAUGCCAACCUAGCCUUCUAAGUUGAUGCAGCUCUUCACGUCCGCGCUUUUUUGUUGUUUUUCUCGGCAAUAUGGGGGUUCCAAAAUUUUACAGAUGGAUAUCCGAGCGAUAUCCGUGUUUGAGCGAAGUUGUGAAGGAGCACCAGGUUUGUGUUCAUAAAUGAUGCUAGUUAACUUUAGCACUAGCAUCCGGCUAACACUUUACCUCAGUCAGGGCUGUGUAUGUUUACAGGUGUAUUUACACACGGUUGGUGAUUAAUUUUAGCUAAAGAAGGCAGAAAGGACAAUAAAUUCACCGUGGAAACAUUCUGAAGUUUUAAUUUCCAGCGCUUUAAUUACUCAGUUAGUGAAGAGUAAGUAAUUGUGGAACAAUCCCAACUCGAUGUGUGUUACAGCUGUAGGUCACUACAUAGAGCGCGAGGGGAGGGAACUUUGUGCUAACCCCAGUGCUCAUGACAGGACAUAAGGGUCAUGUAGUCUGUAGCUGUGACAACUUACAUGUGGGUUUAUCUCUAUAGCCACACAAAUAUAAACAAUGUUUAAUAUAUCUAUAAAUAUAUUGUUUAAUACUAAAUCUAUUUAGUAUUAUUCUUAUUGUAGAAUUAUAUUGACGUCAUUAUAGAAAGUUUUAUUUGUAAAACUGAGGUGAUUCAAAUGGACUUUUUAGAUGAGAGAAAAUAAAUGUAUAAUCGUUUAUAAUGAACUUUGAGUAUUUGUAUACUUAUAUAUCUAUUUCUUUGAUAUAUGUAGGUGUUUUUAUAUUAAAAUGUUUUUUAUUAUAAAGUACAGCAUGUGUAUAGAAAGUACAGCAACAACGAUCAAAUGUGUACAUUGUCAGUUAUACACGAGAGGAAUAAAAGACAAAAUCCAGA